AUGCACCUCAGAGCGGAGAGUCCCGCAAUUUCAGUCUCUUCUGGUAUCUCUGGUACUUCUCGUAUCACCACUGGGGUAUCAUCUGAUUCCGCUGCGUUCCGCUCAAAAGCAUCGAGUAAAGCUUCUAACUCUGAAGCUUCUAUGGAUGCCCACCGGCAGCGAGAACAGAAGUGGAUGACGCUCAUAACCACUGUACCUCCCGAGCAAGCCCGGAAGAACAAGAAAGUGCGGAAGUUGCUUGGAGAAGGCGUUCCAGCAUCCGUCAGAUAUCUAGUCUGGAGCUUAAUGACAAAUGCCAAAUCAAAGGGUGUAGCCGGUGUCUACUCUCAACUGAGUAAAAGAGUGCGGGUGGCCGCCUUUGCAGAUAUGCAGAGGGAUGUGAAAAGAUGUUUCGGCGAACAUCCACAUCUACAGUCUACUGAAGGCCCAUUGGUGUGUUUACUACAAGCAUACUUGACCAUGGUGCCAGAUGUGCAGUAUUCCACUGGACUGACUUUGAUCGCCGGACACACACUCCUACUUGCUCCAGAGGAAGACGGGUUUUGGAUUUUUGUUUCCAUGAUGGAUUCUGCUCUCCGACCAUAUUUCUCUCCUAAUUCAGCACAGAUGGAGGUAGAUGCAGCUUUGUUUAGCCGUGCACUUGACUCAAACGAUGCGCAAGUGUCAAAGAAAGUGUUGGUCGACAUGGGUAUCAAUCCGGCACACAUGUGCUUCCCUUGGUUCACGACGUUAUUUGUUGGUAGCUUACCCGGGGAUUAUGUCAACAGAGUUUGGGAUCUGUUCUUGUAUGAAGGUGUACCUAUGUUGAUUCGCGUGGGUCUAGCCAUUCUUUAUUGUUGUCGUCGCGCCAUUUUGGAAGCCGCGUCUGAAGAUGCUAUCUUGUACUACCUGAAACGACCUUCGCCCACCUGGUUACCCCCAAGCCCCGAUGCUUUCAUGGCUCUUGCCUUUUCAUUCAAGGUCAAAGAUGAUGACAUAAGAAAGCAAAGGAUCAAGAUGGAAAGGCAAGUCAAGAAGCAAGCUCAAGUUCAAGGAGCUCGACUAGUUGCUAACAGUAGUGGGAUCUCUUUACCUCGAGAUGCAUAG